GCUCGCUCUGCCACGUCUCUCCAGGGCUACCGAGGAGUGUGAGAGGAAGAGAAGGGGGCACGGAACUGGGAGGCAAGAGGGAAUUUGUUGCCGAGGCGUUAGUCCGAUUCUCCCCCCGCACCUUGCACUGCAGCCAGGGCCUCUCCACCCCUGCAGGCUGCAUGGGACCAACAUGCACCAGCCCCUGCAGCACUCACCUUCCCUGCCUCCGUGCUAACCUGGCACUCCCCUGCACUCCAGCGAGCCCACACACAUACCGUGCCCUGUAUCCCGGGCUUGGCACGGCAGAGGGGCCCUCAUCUGAUGCCUGAGCAGCCGAAGCCCCGUCUGCCUUUACAUGUAGCGGAGGAAGAUCGCGAGCCGUAUUCAAGGCCCCCGAGCGGAGCCCACUGGUGGAGCGGCACGCCGACUGGCACCUUGUCAUGCCCGGUGGAAGAAGGGGUCCCAGCCGGCAGCAACUGAGCCGCUCCGCUUUGCCUUCCCUGCAGACCCUGGUUGGCGGUACUUGUGGAAAUGGCACGGGGUUGAGAAACAGGAACGGUAGCGCCGUCGGCCUGUCGGCCCCUCCGAUCACUGCCUUGAUCACCCCCGAGCCGGUGCGUCACUGCCGCGUCCCCGACCUGCCGCUGGACGGGAGCCUGCUCUUCGAGUUCCUCUUCUUCGUCUACCUGCUGGUGGCGCUGUUCAUCCAGUACAUCAAUAUCUACAAGACGGUGUGGUGGUUCCCGUACAAUCACCCCGCUUCCUGCACCUCGCUGAAUUUCCAUCUCAUCGAUUACCACCUGGCCGCCUUUAUCACCGUGAUGCUGGCCCGGCGGCUGGUCUGGGCCCUUAUCUCCGAGGCUUCUCAGGUAGGAUCGGCAUCCAUGGUGUGUUACACGGCGCAUGUCGCGGCGCGCCUGGUGCUGCUCACGCUGUGCGGCUGGGUCUUCUGCUGGACUCUGGUUAACCUGUUCCGGAACCACUCGGUUCUGAACCUCCUCUUCCUGGGAUACCCCUUCGGUGUCUACGUCCCGCUUUGCUGUUUUCACCAAGAUAACCGCUCUCAGCCGCUGCCGACGGACUGCGGAUACUUCGUGCAGGACUCCUUAGUGGAGGACGGCGCCAAUGGCCUCGUCCGGCCCAAAGACUUCUUCUCUCUAGUGCGGGAAUCCCUGAAAGACCAGUUCAAUAACCCCCCGUCGAUCCCAUCCCACAGCUGCCCGCUGUCCCCCGACCUGAUCCGGAACGAGGUGGAGUGUCUGCGCGCCGACUUCAACCGCCGGAUAAAGGAAGUCCUCUUCAACUCCCUCUUCAGUGCCUACUACGUGGCGUUCCUGCCGCUCUGCUUCGUGAAAAGCACCCAGUAUUACGAUAUGCGCUGGUCGUGUGAGCACCUCAUCAUGGUGUGGAUCAAUGCCUUUGUCAUGCUGACCACGCAGCUCCUACCACCCAAGUAUUGCGACUUAUUACACAGGUCGGCUUCUCACCUUGGAAGGUGGCAGAAGUUGGAACACGGGUCGUACAGCAACGCGCCGCAGCAUAUUUGGUCGGAACACACGGUAUGGCCGCAGGGGGUCCUGGUACGACACAGUCGCAGUUUAUACAAAGCCGUCGGGGCGUAUAACGUAGCAGUGCCUUCAGAUGUGUCUCACGCCAGGUUUUAUUUUCUGUUCCACCGGCCGUUACGGUUGCUGAACCUGCUCCUCUUCAUGGAGGGCAGCCUGGUGCUGUAUCAGCUUUACUCCCUGCUCCGGGCCGAGAAGUGGAACCACACGCUGUCCAUGGCCCUCGUCCUGUUCUGCAACUACUACGUCUUGUUUAAGCUCCUGCGGGACAGAAUAGUAUUGGGGAGAGCCUACUCGUACCCCCUCAACAGCUACGGACUCAAGCCCCACUGAUCGCCCCCCACCCCCGCCGUUCAGGAAAAGAAUGACAAAAAUCGGAGGAGGAGAUGUCAAUCGGGGGAAAAUAUUUUCAUACAGUUCUAUUUUUUUUUCUUGCAAUGUUUAUAAAUAUUUAAGAUAUUUUAUAUUUUGUAUACUAUUGUGUUGUGUUCACUAGGCAGGAGGGGGCUUCUGGGGCCACAAUGUCUAUUAUUUUAUAUAAAAAAAACAACAAAAAAAGGUAUUUGGUACAAAGGUAUGCGACUUCUGUGUGCGCGCGAGCGGAAUGCACGUGAAGUUGUGUGCAUGUAUGUGUAUGUAGUUUAUACACGCACAUACGCAUGCACCACAGCCCCUCCCCGAAUCAUCCAAAAUAACAGGCCAAAAGACGUCCGCUGGUGGCCGCCCCCUCCCCCAGUGUUCGGCGGAUUUCAGUGCCACUCGCCUGUGUUAAAUAAAUCGCAGAGCUUGAAAGUAUUGAAAAAAGAACAAUAAAAAAAAAUAUGCCAUUUUCAUAAA